CCCCCCCCCCUUCAUCCCCUAAGCCAUCCACCUGCCUUUCUCUGCAUUCAUCUCUCCACCGACUCCUUCCCGGGAGCCCUGUCUAGCCGCUCCUCCGAGAACACGCUUGAUUGAGACGUCAUGUGGAGAGAGCUGCUCUGAUGUGAAGUGACGGGAGAUUACACCAUUCACAACAUUUAGAUCUCAGCUCCCGAAAGCAGCCGCCGCUGAGAGCCAGACGGCCCUAGCAGGAGACCAGGGGAGAAGCGGAGAGCCCGGUGACUCCAAUCAAUACCCAGUCUAGCUCCACGUAGGGGGCAGGCAUUCCUCCAUAUCCCCCCUCCCCCUGGGGGGAAGGGAACAAAGGUGGAUGUGAUUGCCAGGACUGGAAAAGCUUGAUUCGCAAAUGUGGGGGGUCCUGCAUAUGACGUGGCUGAGGAAAAUGGCUGUUCGGUCCGGCUUGUGUUGAAUAUGGAUCAUUUCUAAGAGUAGUUUUACAACAGAUGAGUAUUGACCCUGAGGAGUGCCAAUGUUGGGCUAUGACAGUGCUCAUUAGUCAACAUAAGUGGAGUACCGCAGAGCUGUGAGCGUACCAGCCAGGGCCAGGGUCCAGAGCAGGACUACUGGGGCUUUUCUCCAUGGCUGGAGAGGAAGGACGACUCCUGGGGAACACCAGCAGCAGCCCAGGAGAGGAUGGUCCCAUGAGGAACAGCAGCGGGUCUGUCCUGGGAGUGGAGCAGGUUCUGGUGCCGGUGCUGGAUGUCUUGAUCUGGGUUCUGGGGGUGGGGGGCCACUCGCUGGUCAUGCUCAUCCUGUGUGGCAGGUGUAGGAACAGGCCAGGGCCCCGGGGCCAGUCCUCCCAGGGGACAGUGACGGGGACAGCUACUGACGUCCUCCUCCUGGCCCUCAGUGCUGCCGACCUCCUCCUCCUCGCCAUGCUGCCCUUCCACACCGUGGCCAUAGCCCUGCAGCACUGGCCCUUUGGCCACGUCAUGUGUCAGCUGGUCAGCUUCCUGGGUGCCGCUUGCUCCUCUGCGAGCGCCUUCACCCUCGCCACUUUGGCCGUGACGCGCUACCUGACCGUGGUCCAGCCUGCCAGGGCCUACCGCCUCCUCACCGCCCGCAGGGUCACCGCGGCGACCGGCGCCCUGUGGGUGCCCGCCUGCGUCCUGGCCGCCCCCCAGCUGGCGUUCCGCUCGGUGGGCCCCCCGAGCCUGGCACGCGGCGGCAUGUCCUGCUUCUCCUUCCUGUCGCACCGGGAGCAGACGGCCUACGGCGUGUGCCAUUUCCUGCUGACCUUCGCCCUGCCCCUGGUGGUCAUCUGCCUGGCGUACGGCGGGGUCUACCGCUUCCUGUGGCGCCGCCGGCAGGACGGCAGGGCUCCCCAGGUGGAGAGGUACCAGAGGAAGGUGACCCAGACGUCGGCCAUGCUGGUGCUGGCCUUCGCCCUCUGCUGGCUGCCCUCCUACGGCCUCAUGUUCUUCCUGCUGGGAGGGGGGAACCCCGGGGCCACAGGCACCUCCCCUCGCUACGGCCCCGUCAGCGUGUGGGCCCGCCUCAUGGCCACCUCCUCCACGGUGGUCAAUCCCAUCCUCUACGUGCUCAUGUCCCACAAGUUCAGACAGGACCUGCUGAGGCUGCUGGGGGGGAGGGGGGGCGUGGGCGGGGCUCCGGCGGAGGCUCAGGACACUGCCUGAGGGCUGCAUGGCGAGUGGUGUCGGACAGAGAGGAGGGUGUGGACAGAUUGAAUGACUAUUCUCCAAGAUGCCUCCUGGCUGAGUUGGGAUAUGUGACCUGAUGGACUCAAACGGCCGUUCCCUGUGAAAGACUAACGGACGUUCCACUGACAUUUGCUAUGAUCCAACACAAGUGAUUCUCAGCUGGAGUCAGGCCACUGACAGGCACUCCUGGGAAAGGCAGACAAACAUUCCAUCUCAUCUAAUCAUUAGAGAAGGGGCAUUCUCUGGCAGCAUUUCUGUGUUCUGUUCUUGUCAGAAACUGGUCUGUGGUGUAUGAGUCUGCUACCUCCUUUCUUUGCACAGGUCGUUAUGUACAGAUUGAUGGAAUCCUUCUUUCCUUGUUAUCCAGUUUUCAUACAGAAUGUACUUGACCACAAAGUCAUGUUUUGGCCCACUGUUUUUCUCUCAUGUUGGCAUCCGUUAGAAGCAUUAAACAAGAUUUGAAGUGCAGCUUUGCCCCAGCCGUCUUUCUUCCCUGGGAGAAACUCACUGAAGGAGCCACAGUAGAACCAGGACAGUCCAUCUAGCUCUCUAACCCUAACCCACAUCUUACCCAAACCUACAUCCACAUCUAACCCUAACCCACAUGUAACCCUAACCCACACCCACAUGUAACCCUA